AUGUCCGCCAAAUACGCAUUCUCCACAGGUCUCAAGGAACUCCGUUUCCUAUUCUGCCAGAGCUCGGAGCAGAGCGCCGCAACAAGGUCGUUCUUGAACCGCGCAUACCCUACCAUGAAGAAGCACAACCCUCACACCCCCAUCCUGGUCCGUGAGGCCGCGGGUACCCUGCCUCGAGUUUACGCCAGAUAUGAUCUCGGACGGGAGAAACAGGAGGUGCUGCUGGGUCUUUCGGAUCAGCAGAUCGAGGAAAAACUCACCGGUUUGGUCAAGGAGUCUUCAUAG